AUGAACAACGCAGUCUUAAAAGAUGGAAACCUUAGAACUCUCGUUGCCCGUAGUGAACAACAGAGAAUCUUGUAUAAGGCAAUUUUACAAGAUCGCAGCUUACCACAAUCUCUUCGAUAUGAGUUUAUGUUAAAAUUAAAUAAAGUAUCAAAAAAAAGCUCGGCGGUCCGAACAAAAAAUCGUUGUGUUCUGAGUGGGCGUGGCAAGGGUGUUCUUCGGGCAUUCAAAUGUUCACGAAUUGUUUUGAGGGAACUCGUUUCAAAUGGUGAAAUCGUAGGACUCACGAAGUCCAGUUGGUAA